AGGUCUAGCAGCCUCACAUCCGGUGCUGUCUCCUGCCGGUCUGACGCAGCUCGGAGGAGUCGAAAGCUCCGCUCCAGCUGUUCUUACCGCUGCUUUUUUUGUCCCCCCCCGCUCCUACUCCCGCUGCCUCCGCUCCAAAUGUCACGGCGACCAUGACAGGCAUCGCGGCUGUCUCCUUCUUCUCCAACGCGUGCAGGUUCGCCGGCUGCGGGCUUCACUUUGACUCCCUCCCCGAGCUCAUCGUGCACAUCGAGGAGAACCACAUCGAUACAGACCCCUGUCUUUUGGAGAAGCAGGAGCAGCAGCAGCCGACAUAUAUUGCUCUUAGCUACAUCAGUAGGUUCAUGACGGACGCGGCGAGGCGAGAGCACGAGGCCCUGAAGAAGAAGGUGCAGCCUAAGCUCACUCUGACGGGGAGUCUGUCGCGCGGCAACGUUUCCACACUGCCCCGCCACGCCAGCGGAAGCCUCACCCCUCCGGUCACGCCGCCGAUCACCCCUUCCUCUUCCUUCCGCAGCAGCACGCCCACAGGUAGUGAGUAUGACGACGAGGACGUGGAGUUCGAGGCGUCUGACAGUGACGAAUCGUGGACCACAGAGAGCGCCAUCAGCUCCGAGUCCAUCCUGAGCUCCAUGUGCAUGAACGGAGGAGACGAGAAGCCUUUCGCCUGUCCCGUUCCCGGCUGUAAGAAACGAUACAAGAAUGUGAACGGCAUCAAGUACCAUGCCAAGAACGGCCACCGGACCCAGAUCAGGGUGCGCAAACCUUUCAAGUGCCGCUGUGGGAAGAGUUACAAGACGUCUCAGGGUCUCCGGCACCACACCAUCAACUUCCAUUCACCCGUCUCCACUGACGUCAUCUGUAAGAUGCAGCAGUAGAGGCGGAGCCAAACGACCAGCACUUUUCUGAAGUUCACAUCAGCAGCAGCAGCGCCGCGGCUCCACGUUUCAUUUUAAACACUAGGUUAUGUUUUGAUUGCGCAGCACAGAUGUUUUGUUCCUGCUUAAUCUCCAUUCAUAUUGCUACGUAUUUAUGUGGUUCACGUUUUGUAUUUUUGCACAUUUCAGAUAUGAAAAAGCUAAAGAAUGGUGGGUGGGGGGUGAAUGUAACCUAACUGAAAACAACGAGUUGGUCUUUCUAUAGUCACUUUUGCAUUUGUACAGCAUACAUUUACAGCUCCUCUGUGGGAACUCCAAUAGAUUAUCUCAGGUGAUUUUUCUGCAAGCAUUUCAGCUCCAGUUUUGCCAGAUUGCUGUAAAUGGGCCGACGCUGUUCAGUGGGAUCAUAGGAACUUUUUUUAGUUGUUCCUUGUGUCUAUGAUGACCUUAACUUUGCAGUACGGUAUAGAAAACACCUCUAAAAAGGAAACAAAAAAUAAUGUGUUUUUCCCCUGAAUCUUCCUGCUUUUGUAGAUUCGGUGAUUGGACAGACAUCAGGUCUCAGUAUUGUGACGUUCUGCGAUACAGCAGUUGCCUUGACUCGUAUCCCUCUCCAAAACCCUCCUAAUAGUACGUCUUGAAUGUCUUCAGUGUUUUUGAUUGACCAGGUUAGGAAUAUUUGGAAAGAUGAGAUGACACCACGGCUGUACAUUGAUUCAAAUAGUCAGAGCCCUCCCUUGCAACUCCUAUUUUGUGCCAUAAGAAUGUUUGUUUUUUUCUGAAAACUUCCAGGUAGUAGGUAGUAGUAAUAAUUAAAGGAAUCAAAUGCAAAAACAAAGCAAUUUUAUCAGCAAUAGUUUAACACAUUUUGGGCUGCUAUUGAACGGGGUGCUUUUUUUUCCCCCUUUUUAUUUUUUUUCUACCCCAGGUAAGAUUUUGCCAAAAAACAUUGUUUAAAAACAAGGAUUGGGUGCACAAGAUAAAGUGUAUUCUGCAUUCUCUGAAACGUGCAGGUUUAAAUAUGUACAGGUUAGAAUCCAUGUUUUUCUUUUUUGCCAGACGUACUUUUGUUCUGGCUCUGUAUUUGAUCAUUGUUCUGUCAGAUUUCACCAAGUUCACUUAAAUUUGUCAGGUUCCAGAUCUGGUGUUGACUAAUUCUCAGUAGGGCUGAAAGCCUUUUGCUCUGGGAAGCCCACAGACUUAACAUCAAGCUACCUUAUCCAUGAUAUUUUCUACUUCUAGGUUAUUUACCUAUUAAAUGCCAGCUAAAUUGUUUGUUUUUGGCAUUAUUAUUUUUUUUUUUUUUCAAACACACCUACUGGUAAAUAGACUUCUGGUUUGUUGAUCAGCAGCAAGAAAAUGCCUGAAAAGUUGUGCUAAAUGUCCUUUGAGUAUUUUUUUUUUUAAAGGGAAACAAAUCAAAAAAGCAUUUCCCUACAAUCUGAUAUAAGGACUAGAUUGAUCCAUAACUCUGGCAAUUGCCUAUAAUGCAUUAAGUCAAGUUCCUUAAAGCAAAUCGUAAGCGACCGAGGGGCUGACCUUUGCCUAGAGUUGCUUUCAGAGUGCACUAAUGAACCUGCUGGCUUUUGAACUUUGCUCUGCUAACAAGCUCAGAUGGUCUUCAUUUCCAGGACACUUUAUUUAUUUUUUUUCACGUUGGCGUCCUCCGUUCCAAAGCCGUUUGGUCUCAAAAGGAGCCGCCGCAUCCGGGGAAGGCGUUUUGUGGUUCUUCUUCUGGCUUCUGAAAGUAUUAAAACAUGCUGCUGAACUGUCCUACCGACAGUCAUCGUCGGUGUUCAUUGCAACCAUGCUAUCGUAUCUAAACACUUCUAUUUUCAUACUAGACAGAAUGUAAGUCGUCGUUCAGUUUGCAUGACGCAACGUCCGAACCGUCUCGGUGCCAAUAGAUAAAAUCUGCACAUCCUGAGUAAGAUAGUAAGAGAUCUGCAAAACAUAAAAGUAAUUAAAUACAUCUUCCUGUCAGUAUUGUGUACAGUGAAUGUAUCAUCACCUUUAAAGUGUGUUUGAAUUUAUUUUUGUGUUUUUGUAAUGCGGGGAGAGAGAGGAAAAAAAAAAAGUUUAAAUACCGACCGGAAGUGUGGUGUUGUACUGUAUCUCUGCUGCUCCAUGAAAACUUGGUAUAUUUUCCAAUAAAAGCUCACUUGUU